GGUAGUUAGAAAAAAGUAUUUUCUUUAUGGGACACGGGUGUUUCAAUCGUCCUUAAAGGGUUAAGUUAAAUAAAUAAUCAUCAUUUAAUUAAAUUUAAAUAAAUGAUCAUUAUUACCCUUGGCUCUGUGUACUGUCUUAUUUGUGAAAUAAUCUCAAAUAUCAAUUUGAGAUUCACUCUAGAACUGCCCUAUGCUCCCUUAAAUAUCAUUUGCUUUUUUGUUAUUGGUUUCUAAUUUGUAUAGUACAAUUUUUAGAUAUAUUUUGAUUUUUUAUGAUAUAAGAAUAUUUUUAUUUUUGGUAAAUUAUGCAGAUUUGUCACAGUUACACUCUCCUCAAAUUCGAUUUUUUUUGUCCUUUUAAGCAAAAGGCGAAAAGCCAUUUGGUGUUACAAUAUAUAAUCGAACAUCCAGCGAAGUUACAUUGCUAUGGGAUAACGGAGACGACUCUGUUGAAAAAAACUAUACAAUCGAAGUCAACGUUUCCACAAUAAAUCCGGGAGAUCCUUUCAAUAACAAAAUCUACACAAAUCAAUUGGACAAAAUAAGCUUUGAAGGAUAUAUUACUAUCAAUAAUCUUCCAUACAGUAAUUACAAAUAUAUCGCGAGUAUUCGUCAGAGAUACAGUAGUGCGCCAAAUGAGGAGAAAUUUUGGUCGGAUUCUACUUUUUGUAACUUCGAAACUGAUGUAUCUGAGCCAAAGGUUUCACCUCGAACCAUUAUUGGAGCAUAUCAUUUGACAGAUAAGGAUUAUUUAAGGAUUUUUUGGGAAAAAGUUGAUGAAAAGUUCCAAGGAGCACCCAACUUUACAGUUAACGUGUUUUUGUGCAAAGACAAACGGAUCGCCGUGGAAGGCCUGAAGAGGAAUGUAACGUGGAUAGAGGAGAUUGAUGGACGUUAUUCACAAACAUUAUUCACAAAAGCACCUCUGGAGGAUUUUGAAAUUUGCCUGAGAAGUGAAAAUAGCAUUGGAAUGUGUCAAAAUACAUCUAGAAUGAUAAUUUCCGGCCAAGAUUUGCCAAAAUGUCGAAGUGUUCAAUGGAAAUUUGCUAAAAAUUCGUACACAAUCAUUUGGAGUAUUUCACCAUUUGGUAAUCAUUCCAGCUUCAGAUUGUUUUAUUGUGGUAUUGACUUGAGAUUCCCAGGACAAUGCAAAGGAUCUACAGUUGACUAUAUAGAAUUGUCUAGGAAUACAUUUUCUUACACGUUUAAUAGUUCAGAUGAUAUCGGUUUUAGCGUUUCGCCAAUUUAUGGAAAUCACAGCCCUGGGAUGACAUGGGGAAAACCGACAAAACAAUUUCCGGAUAUCAUUCUUCUUGAUGUGGAACCAGUGACAAAUAAUUCCGUGCGGAUUUACUGGACAUCCGCAAGAAAAGUGUCGAAAAAAUUCACAGCAAAUGUUUAUUUGAAAUAUCUUAACGUUGAUGAAUUACAGAUUUACAAAAUUGCAAUGGAAGACAGUGAAGUGAUUGAUGAAAAGAUAUUUAGUACGGAAGUUAAGCAUUUAAAAAAGUCUAGUGUUUCUAUAAGUGAAGAAAAAAUGGAAAAUGGAACAAGUCUCCUGCCCUUGGAAGGAACUUGCUGUCCAGCUUCUCCCAAUGUGAGAAUUGACCAUAUUGGUUCAACUCAUGCAAACUUCUCCCUUGAAUACAUCAGCAAUGUCAUGGUCAUCAUUAAGCAUAAUGAAAUGGUGAUUGAACAGCAUUAUGAUAAAACCUUCUUCUUGGAAAAUCUUACCAGCUUUACAGAGUAUUUUGUUGAAGUGGAAAGUUUUAUUAUUCACAGAGAAAAAAAACUGUGUCAGGAAAACACAACUAUUCCUUUCAAGACCAAAUCUCUUACUCCUGGUAAAAUAAUCAUUAAGGAGGUGCAUAUGGAGACAAAAUAUUUUAGUAUCACAUGCGAAGCUGAUGGAUUUGUUGACAAUCACACUAUAUACGAACUGACAUUGACUAAGAAGAUAUACAAUUCAAAUGGAAUUCGUUCACAAGAACAGUCUUUUAAAUGCUUCUUUAGGAUUGUUCACGACUGCGACGAAAACUCGCACGGGUACGACUACAGUAUAAAAGCAAUUAAUCAAGAUAGAGAAGGACCAAGUAUAUCGGAUUCCAUUAGCAUUAUUGAAAAAUGCAAAAAUAGAAAAAAUCAUUUGCUACUUUUUGGAAUUCUAGUGGGAUUCUUAAUUCUAAGUGCUGCUUUGCCUUAUCUAAUUUAUGUUUUGUAUCAGAAAUGGAUAAAAGAGAAGAAAGUGAAUGUGGACUUGCCUAAAAGCCUUACACAUAAUGUUCCUAUAGAAGAGUCUCAGAAAAAUGGUCCAUAUUUACACAAUUUUAACAAAAUGGAUGAAGUCGCACAGAGCAUUCCUCUAGUUGAGUUACGAUUGAGACCAAAUCAGAAUAAGGACCUUACAGAUAUUGCAUUGUUUAAGAAUCCAUUAUUCAUCAACACAAACGACAGUGACGAUGACUUACCGGAUGACGGCACAUACGAAGUGAUUAAUGCUCAGAUUCAUCAAGUAAAACUUUCGAACUCAUCUACUAACAGCAUCCCAGAAGCAAUAUCCAGAGAUUCUUCAUCCAGCCAUGAAAACCUGCCUGCACAUACACUUCAAGAAACUACCAACAAAUCGGUGUAUUAUAAAUUAUCAGAUAUUCAGAGAAUUCCCGAAGUCAAAAGACCUAUCCAUGAACCUGCAGCUCCUGCAGCUCCCAUAUUUUUUGGAUAUAUACCACGCCAAGGAUUUAAUAAUUCAUCAAAUUAUGUUAUGCGCUUUCCAAGCAGAUCUCCUCAGAUUCAUCAGGAACAACUUUCGAACUCAUCUACUAACAGCAUCCCAGAACCAGAUGCGAUAUCCACAGAUUCUUCAUCCAGCCCAGAAAACGUGCCUACACUUCAAGAAACUGGCAACAAAUCGGUGUAUUAUCAAUUAUCAGAUAUCCAGAGAAUUCCAGAAGUCAAAAGACCUACCCAUGAGCCUGCAGCUCCCAUGUUUUCUGGAUAUAUACCACGUCAAGGAUUUAAUAAUUCAUCAAAUUAUGUCACCCGCUUUACGAGCAGACCUCCUGAAUAUUAGUAAGGUCUAUACACUAUUUAUUUCUCUCCAUAGCCAAAGACCUUUUGAGUAUAUUACAUGAUAGAUAUAGCCAUACGAGUUUUCUGAUCAAUUUAUUAAGUAAAAUCGAAAAUUUUCCUGACCAAAAAU